AUGUCGAAACGAAUAUUCAACCAUGGAACACAUGACUUCAUUAGUGAUCUACCAGAUCCUAUUUUACAUGUUAUAAUAUCUCAUCUUACCAUUGAUGAAGUUCUUAGAACAAGUAUUUUAUCAAAACGUUGGACACAUUUAUGGAAAAACGUUUCGCACUUCGAUUUUGAUUGCACUCGCAUGGUAAACCUAGAGAAAAUAGAUUCAUCAGGUAAAAAAAGAGUUAUAAAAAUCGAUGUUAUGAUAUAUGAUAACAUGGUUAACCAUAUACUGCAUCAACAUCAGGGUAAUUUGAUUAGUGGUUGCUUCAAACAUUUUCGUCACAAAAAUGGUUUCGGAGAUUUAAAAACUUCGGUUGAGUUUUUGAUAGAGAGAAAAAAGAUAAGUUCUUUGAGUUUAGAGUGUGUGAGUUUAAAUCGUCGCAGUAUAAUUACUAAGGAUUGUUUUAAGGCUAAGAUAUUUUCGAAUUUGAGUUCGCUUGAAUUGACGAAUUACAAACUCGAAGAUUCAGUUUUAUCUGCAUUUGAAAGUUGCGAAAGGUUGAAGAUUUUGAAGCUCAAGAAUAUGUUCAUGGUGGAUACUACCAUCAAUGGAAUUUUGCAAAAUUGCUAUGGUUUGGAGAAGUUUAGUUUGGUUGAGUCUAAAGGGUUCAAUAGCAUCAAGAUUGAAAAUAAAUCUCUUAAAACUUUGGAGCUUUUUAGGUUGAAUGUUAGAAACAUACAUGUUAGGGUUGAGGAGCUUCAAAUUUUGGUGAUUGAUUCUAUAAUCUGCCCCCCAAAAGAUCUUAGAAUUUACUCGGAGAAUAUUCGGACUUUCUGUUCGGCCUACAAUCCGUUCGAUCAAAGGACUCAAUUACAUUAUCGCCAAAGGAAUAAGAUUCUGAAAACACAAGAUAUUCUCGAAAAUUGCAGUGAUCUUUUCAAAUCUCGAUCAAUAAACAUUUUUCGAAAGCUUUUAACCUUGUCGAUCGAUUUGGAUUUGAACAACAUACGAGAAGUUUUGGCACUUUCGUACGUGCUAAUGUCGUGCGGCCUUCUCCAAACUCUAAAAAUCACUAUACCGGCAAAUGAAGCUUCGGCUUCCAAUAUUACAACCAAUGAUGAUGAUUGUGCUCUACCGUAUGUUAAGUCGAUGUUCUGGGAGACACGAGAAAUGUACUAUUUUGACUUCUUUGAGAAGUUAAAAUUUGUCACAUUGAAAGGAUUUACAGGCAAAGAGCAAGAAGUGAUAUUUGCAAGACUUUUGAUUGCUAGAGCAUACAUGAUGGAAAAGAUGUAUGUGAUUUGUGAUUCAACAAUUGUGGAUGAGGCUAAAGAUCUACUGUCACUACCAAGAAGUUCUAGUCGUCUCGCCAUCAUAUUAGAGUAA